AUGGAAAAGGGCUGCUUCAACUAUGCCAAAGGUUGCGAAGAUUGUCAAAGGAAUGGUCCGAUACAGCAUGUACCAGCUGUUCCUCUAAACCCAAUCGUGAAACCUCGACCUUUCAGAGGAUGGGCCGUGGAUUUCGUAGGUAAAGUCGUGCCUAGUUCUAGCAACGAGCACACAUUCAUUAUAGUGGCCACCGAUUAUUUCAUAAAAUGGGUAGAGGCAAGUGCAGUCAAAUCCAUUUCCUCUUCAGUGGUGAUCACCUUCAUUAAACAACAAAUCAUCCACAGGUUUGGGAUCCCAGAAACAAUCACUACAGACAAAGGUACAUCCUUCAUUUCCAAAGAAAUCCAAGACUUUUCCGACGCCUACGGCAUCAAGUUCGUACAGUCUAGUCCCUAUUUCCCACGGGCAAAUGGUCAGGCAGAGUCUACCAACAAAGUUUUGAUCAACAUCAUCAAAAAGAUGGCCGAAAAAAAUCCUAGAGACUGGCACGAAAGGUUAUCCAAGGCACUUUGGGCGGACCGGACGUCAAAGAAAACGUCUAUCGAUACUACCCCUUUCGCGUUGACAUACGGUCAUGACGCAGUUCUGCCGGUCGAAAUCAGCGUGCAAUCUCUACGCAUAGAGAGGCAGCCUUAUAUGAAUGACGCAGCUUAUGUCGAAUUCAUGAUGCAGGAAUUGGAGCAGUUAAGCCCGAUUCGGGCCAAGGCCCUAAAUCAUCUCAUGGUUGGCAAACAGGCGGUGGCUCGGGCUUACAACAAAAGGGUCCGAGGAAUGACAUUCGAAGAAGGAGAACUUGUCUGUCGUGCUAUUUUACCCCUAGGAACCCACGUGUCGGGACUUGGGAAAUGGAGUCCCACUUGGGAAGGUCCAUUUGUGGUCCACAAAAUCCUAGGAAAAGGGGCCUAUCUACUGCAAGAUAGAGAUGGAACCCCCCACCAGCACCCUAUAAACGGACAAUGGUUAAAAAAGUUUCUUCCUUCUUUAUGGGAAACGACAGGCAUCGACCUUAGUGAUGACUGA